UCUAAUCUACUGGUCAAUUAGAGAAAAAGGAAACUUUGGAAAAGGUACUAUGAGGCGGCGAUAAAAUAUAGAAAUUUGGACAGCCGCCGGUAGGCCUCAACUUUUUUCUGUCUAUUAAGAGUCUUAUCCACCAGCAAACAGUGUGCUGCUGCUGCAUAACCAUUUUCCAUGGCAAAGAAACCGGUGAAAUACUCUGUGGUGGAUGCUUUCACCGACUCAGCUUUCAAGGGGAAUCCAGCAGCAGUUUGCUUGCUAGAGGAAGACAGAGAUGAUCAAUGGAUGCAAGCUCUGGCCGUGGAGUUCAAUCUCUCUCAGACAUGUUACUUGACUCGCCUCAAUGGCUCGGACCACUCGCCUUCUUUGACUUCCACACCAAGGUUCAAAAUCAGAUGGUUUACUCCUGUUGCAGAGGUUAAGCUUUGUGGUCAUGCAACAUUAGCGGCUGCUUAUACCCUGUUUAUGUCUGGUGUGAUUGAUUCCGACGUUAUUGAGUUUUCGACCUUGUCUGGAAUUCUAACAGCUAAAAAGGUUGUAGAUCAUGUUAAGGCAGCCAACGGUUCACAUUUAAAAAAUGGUGAAGCACAAGAUAACUAUUUUAUUGAACUGAAUUUUCCUGCUGACCCAUCUUCUGAAUUCAAUUCUGCUGAGGUUUCGUUUAUUUCCAACGCCUUGGGGGGUGCUCCUGUGGUUGAAAUAAUGAGGACAGUUGCAGCAGAUAAUCUACUUGUGGUGCUUCCAUCUGGAAAGACUGUUGCAGAUUUGUUGCCACAGUUAGAUGCAAUUGAAAAAUGUCCAGGUACUGGAGUGAUUGUAACAGGAGUUGCUCCUCCAGAGUCUGGAUUUGAUUUUAUCAGUAGAUUCUUCUGCCCGAAAUUGGGGAUCAAUGAGGAUCCUGUUUGUGGGAGUGCACAUUGUGGCUUAGCACCAUACUGGUGCAAGAAACUGGGAAAGUGUGAUGUUGUUGCAUAUCAGGCAUCACCUAGAGGGGGAACACUAUACAUUCAUCUGGAUGAGAAAAAUCAAAGGGUGCUACUCCGAGGGAAGGCGGUUACUGUGAUGGAAGGAACUGUUCUAGUUUGACCUCGUGUUUAAUUUUCCACCAUGCAAGUGAAAAACAUUUGAAAGAAAUAAAUCUAAUUGGUGGAAAGAUCCCCUUACAUUGAACUGAAAUUUACACCUUUCAUCAUAA